GAGAAGAAUAAAAAAUGAGAGAGUCACAGUUUUCUUCCACCUCUUCCCGAUGCGUGGCGCUUCAAUCCUCUGCUACUGGGAACAAAACAGCUUCCACUGCACUCCUCUUCAUAUCCCGGCGUCAUUCCCCCAUUGGGUUCAAUAAUCCUUCACCCCACUGGCUCAUGCACCGUCUUCCGCUUCCUUAAUGUAAAACCCACCGCUGCAUUCUCCGCCACGAUCUCCGGCCGGCGCCAUCCUCAUUCUAAAUCGAGAUGACGACUUCUCGCCGGAAUUUGAUUGCUUCGCUCCCUCUCCUUCUCCUAUGCCUCUUCGCAUCUCCGUCUCGUUCGAUUGACGAUUUCCACCAGGCGUUUCCCAUAGUUGAACCUGAUCCAGGACAUACAAAACUUCGUCUUUCACGUGAAGGCUUGGAAGCUAUCAGAAGAAUUAAAAACCCAAUUGCUGCUGUUGCUGUUAUUGGUCCAUAUCGCUCUGGAAAAUCAUUUUUGCUUAAUCAGCUUCUUUCCCUUUCUUGUGAUGAAGGAUUUGGUGUUGGACAUAUGCGUGAUACCAAAACAAAAGGAAUUUGGGUAUGGGGAACCCCCGUAGAGUUAGACAUCAAUGGAGUAAAAACAUCCGUCUUUUACCUAGAUACUGAAGGUUUUGAAAGUGUUGGCAAGUCAAACGUCUAUGAUGAUAGGAUAUUUGCUCUUGCAACAGUCUUGAGUUCCGUGCUUAUUUAUAAUCUUCCAGAAACGAUCCGCGAGGCUGAUAUUUCUCGCCUGUCAUUUGCUGUUGAACUUGCUGAAGAAUUCUAUGGAAGGUUUGCACUUUUCUACUCACAUGGUGAAGGUGAAGAUGUUGCCUUUGAACCUUCGAAACUUCUUUGGCUUAUCCAACGAGAUUUUCUUCAGGGGAAAUCAGUGCAGGAGAUGGUGAAUGAAGCCCUUCGACGUGUGCCCAAUCAAGAUGGAGACAGAAAUAUUGAUCAGGUUAAUCAGAUCCGAGAAUCAUUGGCUAUAAUGGGCGACAACAGCACAGCUUUUAGCUUGCCACAACCUCACCUCCACCGGACAAAGCUUUGUGAAAUGAAAGACGGUGAGCUUGAGCAAUUGUAUGUCUCAAGAAGGGACAAAUUGAAAGAUCUUGUUUCCAGUAUCAUUCGUCCAAAGAUUGUGCAGGGUAAAUCCAUGAACGGGGAGGAGUUUGUAGCAUUCCUUGAGCAGAUUCUUGAAGCCUUGAAUAAAGGAGAAAUACCAUCAACUGGAUCUCUUGUGGAGGUUUUCAACAAGGCUAUCCUCGAGAGAUGUUUGAAAAUAUACAGUGAAGGCAUGACUAAAUUAAAUCUGCCACUGACAGAGGAAUCUGUGCAAGAUGCCCAUGGAAGGUCAAGGGAAACAGCGAUGAAAGUAUUUGAUGAACAACAUUUUGGCCGUCAUCAUGCAAAGAGAUCUGUCAUGCAACUGGAUGAAGAAAUUGAUAAGGUUUUCAAGCACAUCAUUAUGGCAAAUGAGUAUCAAUCUGCAAAACUCUGCGAGGCGCUAUACUCUAGUUGUGAGGACAAAAUGGACCAGCUUCAAGUCCUAAGACUUCCUUCCAUGGCAAAAUUCAAUGCUGGGUUCUUGCAAUGCAACCGGAGUUUUGAGCAGGAGUGUGUCGGGCCUUCAAAAGCAGUAUACGAGAACCGCAUGAUGAAGAUGAUGGGGAAAUCGAAAUCCCAAUUUAUAAAGGAAUACAACCACAGGCUGUUCAACUGGUUGGUGACUUUCUCCCUUGUGAUGGUGGUAUUAGGCCGUUUCAUUAUAAAGUUCAUUUUGAUCGAGAUCAGCGCGUGGAUACUCUUCAUCUUCCUAGAGACAUACACUAGAAUGUUUUGGUCAGCUGAGUCGCUUUAUUACAACCCGGUCUGGCAUUUCAUAGUAGCAACCUGGGAGACAGUCGUUUACAGCCCUGUCCUUGAUUUAGAUAGAUGGGCGAUACCCGUGGUUUUGAUAAUUGCGAUUCUGCUGCUAUAUUGGCGGUGUUAUGGCCGAAGGAAACACGGGUCAAGAUGGCUAUUGCCAGUAUACAACACCACGAAAAACGGCACCAACAGACCAAGAACAGACUGAGGCAGUUGGCGGCUCUAGGUACGUGGCCUGAAAGUUCGAAACAUAUUAGCGUCUACCAUGACAUGAUGCCUUGCCCUACUUUUUGUUGUUCAACCAAAAAAUUUGGGUGAUCUCUUUGCGUUGUUGUAGCUCUUUUCUGUACUCAAAAUGACCAGGCCAUUGGACUUUGGUUUUUGUGGGGAUGCAUAAUUCUUCGUCGAUGGUAGUGGUUGGUGGAGUGAGGCGCUAAGCAGAGAGGGGAGAUUUGAU